CGCGGCCGCCGCCCCCGCCAGCGCGGCGCCCGCGGCCGCCCUCGGGGAGGCCGCGGUGCGCCCGCCGGCGGACGCGACGCCCAUGCCAGGCCCCGUGGAGGCCGCGGUGGAGGUUGCGGCCCCACCCACGGGCGACGGUGUGGCUUGGCCAGACGACGCAAGCACCACUGGACCCGUGCUGGCAGCCGACUACAGGAAGUGGGACGCCUUCCACGACGAGGACGACAUGAACUCCGUCGACGGCGACGACGGGGGCUACCGCGAGCCUGCCCUAGGGGACCUGGACGAGCUGGUCGGCCCAGCGGACGAGGUGGCGCUCAUCCACGAGAACUGGCGCAAGGAGUCCAGGAGGAGGCAGCGCGCAGAACGCCCCCAGGCAGCCGAGCCGCCGGUGCCGAGCCGCGCGGCCGAACCGCCGCUGCCUACAGGGCCGGUCAUCCAGCGGCCGUGCGAGUACCGGCCGCUCGACGGCCCGUCUGCGGCUCCCGCUCAGGCGAUCGCUCGAGAGUACGACAAAUGGCAGAAGUUCGAUGUGGACGCGGAGUGCCUGAACCUCGACAACGAGAGCACCACAGCAGAGGGGGACCGGACGCGCGUCUCGGCUGGACCUCAGAGUGCGAUGCUGCAGUGUGAGAACUAUACCAAGGACCGGGAAGAAUACGAUUUAGACCAAGACAUAGAUAAGCAGAUGGGUGGCCUCAAGAAGGUCAUCGCGCAGCGUGUCAAAGACGCAGUGGCGCGGAAGGACGAAGGCAAUAAGCUCAUUCGUGCUGGACGCAGCAGAGAAGCAUGUGUUGCCUACGCAAGAGGCCUAGAGGAGAUGCAUCUGUGUGAGCAGGCAUCUGUGCUUAUGUCGGACUCCGUGCAGGACAAGAACAAGCGCCUCGUGUCUGACCUGCAGCGCAACUUGGCUGCUGCGCAACUGGAGGCCGGAGAGUUCGAGGGGGCCGUCGAGAUCUGCACCGGCCUGCUGAAGUCAUCUGGCGGCAACGACGAGAAGGCGCUGUACAGGCGCGCGAUGGCGCUUUUGCAACUGGGCCGCGCUGGCGACGCCGAGGGGGACAUCGCCUCCCUGGCGGCGAAGCGCGGGGACGCCGAUGCCGCGGUCCGCCGUCUCCGCAGCCAGAGCGCCGCAGUCAAUUGAGCGCGGCUGCGCGCGAUCGCAGGCCGCCUCGCGGCAGGGCGGGCGGCUCCCCGCAGCUCGCCGCAGGCCGCCCGAGCGCGCCAAGGCGCGCGCCCGGGCGCCCCCGCGCUCCCUGGCCGCCCCGGCGGCCGAGGAGGCCGCGUCCAGGCCUGCCGGCGGCCGGGGAGGUGCCGCGCUCUCGCGCUGGCGCGCGCCCCAGAGGGGCGGGCAGCUGGUGCGGCGCGGCCCCGCGGGCAGUAGUUAGGAGGCCGCCCCGUCCUCGUGCUCGUCCUCGUCCUCGUCCUGGUCCCUCCCCGCGCCUGCUCCCACUUUCGGCGGCGCGCGAAAGGGGGGCCCAAAGGGCGAGGGGGGUUAUCCUCACGAGGCACCCCUGCCCCUCUGAAGCCCUCCUGCCUUCGAAAGGCCGUUCCGAAAGGCCGUUCCGAAAGGUUUGGCCCUUCUGAGACGCUCUCUGGGCCUUGUCAGAAGGCCGCCGCCCCCGCGCCGCUUCCCUCGCGCGGCCAUCACCCCCUUGCCCCGCGCAGUGUCCUAGUGUUUACCUCCGAGACCAGGCUGGCGAAAAAGUCGGUUGACAAAAGUCGCCCAAAGAGACCGCUCGGAACGGGGCCCACAGC